CUGCACGGGUACUUGGAGAGCGAGCCGCUCACGCUGCAGCUGUUCAUCGGCACCGCGGACGACCGCCUGCUGCGGCCCCACGCCUUCUACCAGGUCCACCGCAUCACUGGCAAGACCGUCUCCACCACCAGCCACGAGACCAUACUUUCCAACACCAAAGUCCUGGAGAUCCCGCUUCUUCCAGAGAACAACAUGAGGGCAAUCAUUGACUGUGCUGGGAUACUAAAGCUCCGAAACUCUGACAUCGAGCUGCGCAAGGGUGAGACGGACAUCGGCCGGAAGAACACGCGCGUGCGGCUGGUCUUCAGGGUUCACAUCCCACAGGCCAAUGGCAGGACCCUCUCCUUGCAAGUAGCCUCCAACCCCAUUGAGUGCUCUCAGAGAUCUGCCCAAGAACUGCCUCUGGUGGAGAAACAAAGUACUGACAGCUUUCCUGUUAUUGGAGGGAAAAAAAUGAUACUGACGGGCCAUAACUUUCUGCAAGACUCCAAAGUCAUCUUUGUGGAGAAAGCACCAG